CACUCCACCAGUAGAGUCUUCUUCUUCGCUCGCUCUCAUUCCAAUCUUGUCUUGUCUUGUCUGUUCCAAAUUCAUUUGCAUCUCCACAUUGUCUCCGCACUUUCGUUCUUCUCCAUCGGCACCACUUCGCACUCAACUUCUCUCACUCAAUUGUGAAUCCGUAUUUCUAGUGCUUCCAUCAUGACGCAGAGGCACACGAUUAUCUUAUUGCAGCCUACUCAAAAUCGGGCCACACGCACCUUCAUAGAUUACCAGUCUGUCCCAGAUGCUAUGGAUGGUAUUUGUGGAUUGUUUGAGAAGAGAUUGAAAGAUGCAAAUCCCAACCUACGGAACAUCACAUAUGAUAUCUCGGACUUGUACAAAUAUAUUGAUGCUCUCACUGACAUGAGUGCUCUCGUGUUCAAUCCAACUAUCCUAGCUUAUGCACCUUUUGAUCGAUCCUGGAUCAAGCAGCAGGCCUUCGAACGGCUGAAGGCGUUGGCCAGGGAUUAGAACCAGCAGACUUCUUUGCUCAUUUUGUGGAAUGGAUGCGAAUACAGGAAAGUCGUGAAGCCUGCUGUGGCCAUGACGAUUAGGUGACAUACGUGACACAUGCGAUGAUUAUGGUGGAGUGAACCGUUGGUUUUAAUUAGUUUCCUGAUUCUCAACACGUACCACUGCGAAGAUUGCCUGAUUUCAAUAUGUUCCAGAUCGGUACAGGAGUGAGGCGAGGAAGACCUGUGUCUUAAUCUGACUCUGAUGUGUCUUAGCGUUGGUUUUCUAUAUUUUUGAGCCAGUAUGAUUCCGUGAACAAAUGCCUUCAUGGUUCAUAAACAAAUCAUUUGUUUUCGAUUCAAAUUAACUUUGUAAAGUCAAUUUGUGUGAGCAA